GACGUUAGCAUUAACGCUCGUUGACGUUAGCCCCAGUGAGCAGGUUUGCAUACCGACCCAGCUAAAAAUAAGCGACAUGAAAAGUAUUUUAAAUUAAUUAACAACUAAUAACAAAGCUGUAUCCCUUGUAAAACUCGAGGGAUUAGCUCGUAACAACUUCAAGUUGAAGAUGGAGUCCCAGGAGUCUGCAAAGAAUGAUGAAAGCAGUGGAUUCUCCAAACGGCGCAUUUCCUCGAUUUUAAAAGCCCCACGGAAAUCAGCCAGAUUCCCUGACCCAGAGCAACAGGAAAAUGUGGUGGAAUGUGCCAGACCUGUGGAAAAAAGGAAUUCAAGAAGAGUCAGUUUUGCCCCUGCCAACGAUGUUCUUCUGUUUUCAAAGGAUGUGAAAAAUGCCUCUCCUGCCCGAAGUCCUUUACAAGAGAUAAUGACAGCAACAGCGGCAGCAACCACACAGAAUAGGGUCCAGGUGGUGGAAGAUGGGACUCAACAGAUCAUGGGAAUGGCAACCCUUUUAAAUGCCCCUCUACAUGCUUCUCAACAACAGGAUAAGGUCAGCUUUGAUACUGAGGAAAACCUUGUGGAGAAAACAGUGAUGUUUUCUACAGAUGAAGCAUUCAUGGACAUGACCCACAGUCACACUAUAAACAUUGCUAGUGAUGCAACUAUUGCAGACAUUUCCCUCCAAAACUAUGACGCUUUACCAACUGGUGGAGAAAAAACAGUGAUGUUCACUGCAGGUGAUGCAUCCAUGGAUAUGACCCUUAGUCGGACUUUCAACAUGACAAAUGUGUCCGUAUCACUACCCACUGGCAGAAACAUGGACUUAUCCUCAUCAGUGCCUAGUUUGGAUCCAGGAUUUGAAAACUUCCUUGCAAGUCUAUCUAAACCGAGUGCCACCGUUGAGACAAACAACUCCCUUGCCAAUAUUAAAACACAAAAGGCUGUUGUGGACAAAGAGAAUCAGGUUCCACCUUCAGUUUCAGCUAUGAGGAAGAAGUCACAAAAUGCUUCCAUGAGGACUGGGGAAUCAUCUGAUGGCAGUGUACUCUGUCCAGAAGUUAAUGUUAGCAUGGAUAUGACCGAAGCUCAAACUGACCGCAUUCUGGGAGUCACAGAUGAUGACGAUCCUUUUCAGUGUCUUUUCCCCACAGAAGACAUGUAUGCCCACUCUAAAAAAAGAGUAUCACAAACGACGGAGAUGAUGAAGACCAAACAGCUACAGAGCAGUAAAACCCUGGGAUAUUCUGACCCCAAAGAUAUGACAUCCUUGAAGAAUCCUUCUCUACAUGUUUCUCAUCCAAGACACAAGGUCAACUUUGAUGCAAAAAAUGAAUGCAGAGAGAAAACAAUGAUGUUCACUGCGGAUGAUGAGUUUAUGGACAUGACUCAGAGUCACACUGUUAACAUUGCCCAUGGUCCAUUAGCUCUUCAGCAAAUGUCAGCAGGUGGUUUGGAUACCGGAUUUAAUAACUUCCUUGCAAGUCUCUCUAAACCAAGUGGCCCCACUGUUAAUCCUGUGAUUGAAAGAAUGGUACCAUCUACUACAGCAUCCUCUAAAGACACUAACACAAACAGCUCCCUGUCCAUGCCUAAAACGCAGAGGGCUGAUGUAGGUAAAGAUAAUCGGUUACUAAAUACAAGCCGCAGCUCUGGAGAAACAUCUGUUGGAGGUGCAGUCUGUUCUGAAAAUGACAUGAGCAUGGAUCUGACUGAAGCUCAAACAGGCCACAUUAUAGGAAUCACUGGUUCAGAUGAUCCUUUUCAGUUUCUUUUACCCACACAAGACAUGUACCCCCACAGUGAAAGUCUGAAGAAAGCAAACAUGACUUCAGCACAGAAGAGCAGUGAAGCACUUGGAUCAUCUAACCGUACAGGUAUGGAAACCUCAUUGAAGCCAUCUUUAAAACCAAAGGUGCAAAGACAUCAGGACAAGUUGGACACUGAAGAUGACUACAGAGAGAAAACAGUGAGGUUUUCUGCAGAUGAUGCCUGUAUGGAUGUGACACAAAGUCACACAGUCAACAUCACUGAUUUCAAACUGCAGUCACUCCAAAAUCUGGGCUUUUCACCUUGCAGAGAGAAAACUGUGAGAUUCAAUUCAAAUGAUGCAGCUAUGGAUAUGACUGAGUGCCUCACUGUAAAUAUAGACAGUAACUUAGUGUCAGAUUCAGUUUGCCCUGUGGAGACACAAGAAAGUGAGAAAUAUGGUCCACCUAAAGCUGCAUCAUCCUCUAACAUUAGAGACUCAUCAGAUGGGGCUCCAAUCUGUCCUGAAGGUGAUGUAAGCAUGGAUAUUACUGAGGCUCAAACAGGCAAAAUUUUAGGAAUCGCAGAUACAGAUGAUCCUCUUCAGUAUCUUUUUCCCUCACAAGACAUGUACUCCCAAAGUGGUAACUUGAGGAAAACAGAGAUGACUUCACAACUGCAGAGCAGUGAAGUACCCGGAUCAUCUAAUUUUAAAGGUAUGGAGAACUCUUUGAAGACUUCUUUAAAGACAAAGAUGCAAAGACAUCAGGUCAACUUUGAUGCUAAAGACGACUGCAGAGAGAAAACAGUGAGGUUCUCUGCAGAUGGUGCAGCUAUGGAUGUGACACAAAGUCACACGGUCAACAUUGCCGCUCAUUUCGAACCACAGCCCGACCCAAACUUGAACUUCUUACCUACAUGUGGAGAGAAGACAGUGAGGUUCACUGCAGAUAAUGCCUGUAUGGAUGUGACACGAAGUCACACUGUAAACAUUGCCUCGGAGAUUGAAGUGCCAUCACACCAAAAUGUUGAUCGUCUGCCUAUUUGUGGAGAUAAAACUGUGAGGUUCACUGCAAAUGAUGCAGCUAUGGAUGUGACGCGAAGUCACACUGUAAACAUUACAAGUCAUCUGGGACUCCAGUCACACCAAAAUAUGGACUUUUUACCUACUUCUGGAGAGAAAACAGUGAGGUUCACUUCAAGUGAUGCAGCUAUGGAUGUGACGCGAAGUCACACUGUAAACAUUUCCUCUGUCUCUGGACUGCCAUCACACCAAAAUGUCGACCCUGUACCUACAUGUGGAGAGAAAACCGUGAGGUUCACUGCGAGUGAUGCAGCUAUGGAUGUCACAAAAAGUCACACUGUAAACAUUGCAAGUAAUGCAGGACCAAAGUCACACCAAAAUUUGGACUUUUUACCUACUUGUGGUGAGAAAAUGGCGACGUUCAGUGCAAAUGAUGCAGCUAUGGAUGUGAGACGAGGUUGCACUGUUAACAUAGAAAGUCAUUUGGGACCACAGUCACAGCAAAAUGUCGACUUUUUACCUACUUGUGAGAAAACAGCAAGGUUCAAUUCAAAUGAUGGAGCUAUGGAUAUGACCCAAUGCCUCACUGUAAAUAUUGCCAGCAAUUCAGUUUCAGAUUCAGUUCUUCCAUGCCAAGAAUCAAACAUCAUAUCCACCAACGGAAACGCAGAUUUGCCUUUAACUGUGAGGAAGAGAGAAAGAAGCAGAUCCUCGUCAGUACACAGCCUGGAUCCAGGACUUCAAAACUCCCUGUCUAAGAUGAGUGGCCCAUGGACUAAUCCUGUGAUCACCAAAGCAGUUACUCUGGCUGCGCCAUCCCCUGUAGAAGGUGCCAGUACAAAUGGCUACCUUCAAGUGCAGAAGCCUUUUUUGGAUGCAGAAAAUGUAGCUCCAGGUUUUGUUCCAGCUCCCAUGGAGAAGCCACAAUAUAAACCCAUGACAGACUGUUCAGAAAACAAUGUAAGCAUGGAUAUGACUGAAGCUCAAACAGGCCACAUUUUGGGACAAACCUGCACAGGUAAACUCCCUCAAUGUCUUUCUUCAACAGAAGAAUCCUGCCCCAAUUCUGAUCAUUUGAAGGAAACCGAGGCAACGUCACAGCAGAGCAAUGAAGCACUGGGUUCAUCUAUCCCUAAUGGUGUGGUAAUUGCAAACUGUCCAGAUUCCACUGACUUGAGUGAAAUUGCGACCUGGAAAGAACCCGGACCAAGAAAUAACACUUCUUUAUCACAGAAGAUUGAAAGUUCUCCCAGUGCUAUUGACCAAGAUGCUGAUAUGUUACAUUCACGGAAGUCUAGACGAAUGAGUUUAGCUGAUGUCCUGUCAAAAGUAAGGCGUUUGAGCCACAUGAUAAAUACAGCUCCUGAUACUAUGGCCAUGGAAAGCGGCACAGCACCUUUGGCUCAGUUGGACCACGACUUGGACAAAAACUCAAAAGACGAAACGGCACCGCAACCCCUGCCUGUACAGGAGCCUGAACCUGAAAUGGGUUUGGUAAAUAGUCAAGAUAAUACACAAGCUCAGUGUCUUACACAAGAAGAAGCCUCAACUACUACUACUCCUUUCAACUUGAAGACUAAACAACUUAUGUCAAGACUCUCAAUGGGAGGCUUUAAGCCGAAACUCCCACAAAGAAGCAAACCUGAUGAUCCAAAGAAGGUGAAUUCUGUGGGAGACCGUACAAAGACAAUAACUGUCAAUGUUACUAAUCAAAUGAGUGAUUCUAACAACGAUGUGAGUGAUAUUUACGAUGAAGAGCUUGGAAGUUAUGAAGAUAUGUCUGAAACGCUGGACCCAAGGAGUCCCCAGAAAGUCAGUGAAAAAGUGAGUCAUUCCCAGGAAUUCAACAUCGAUGAGCUUUUAGAGGAAGAUGUUUUUGAAAAGGACCUUAUUUUUGCUGUCAAUGGAAAGAAGAGGCCUUUGCCAAAAGAUGACAAUAAUAUGGAGGAUGAGAAGAGAAUGAAAGCAUCCACUGACGUUGAAAUGGAAUUACAGUCUCAUUUUGUGGAGGGUGAUGGGAACAUUAGCACAGCUCCGAAUAUGACUACACACACUACUGAUGGCUCCAGCAGCAGUCACACAACCAGCAUCAGAUGUGAAGCUGCAUUUGAGUCCACUUUGAAACAAAGCCUGUUUGAAUCCCAGCUUGAAGACUAUGCAAGUGAUGAGCAAAAGAAACUGGAUGAUGGCACCAUUACUGUGUUAGAGUUCUUUAAACUCUUUAACAUAGACUUCGUCAUCCAUAAUCCUCGGCAAAGUAUCCUUCCUGGCAGAAUUUUGUCAGACACAGAUCGCUCACCAAUGGAUUUACUGAAAGACAGGCAUAUUAGCCGUCCUAAACAGAUGGUGUACGAGACAAAUGUCCUGAACCUCACAGAAAAGGUGGAGGGGUUUAAGGUGCGAAUGCGGGACCUAGACAAACCCCUGAAGAUUGUUAACAGACCUUUGUGGGAAGAGAUGAGAGAUUCUUCAGAGAAAGGGCUCAAAUCCUUCGGUGUAAAACUAAAAGAGAGAAAUAACUUCUUCAGAAAGACGAGCAAAGCUCAGUCACAUGAAAUGAAGGAGGACCUGUACUCGAAUCUUGUGCAGGCUAAUCUGGAGGAGCAACAGAAGUUGAGAGGAACAAUUGAGAAAGCAGAUGAAAUGAUAAAAAGUCUGGAUGACUGUAUUUGUGAAUUAGAAACAGAACUUGCUGCAGUUGAAGAAAAAGGCUUUGAAGAUAAACCAAGUCUGAAAUCACGUCAGGAAGAAAUUAAGAAAGUCACUGAAGUUUUGGCCGAUAAUGAAAGACAAAUGUCUGAACUGGAGUUGCAGAAGCAGCAGGAUUUAAAUAAAAUCAAGAGGCUGGAAGCUGAAACGAGGAACUUCAGGAGCCAUGUCACCGUGCUGCAUAUGGUGAAUGAAUGGAGGUCUGGAGAGAAGAAGGACAACUGCAUAGUCUACACUUUUCUCCAUGACACCAUGCAUCUGCAGUUGGCGUAUGAAAAAUACAAAGGAACAGGUGCUGAUAAUCAGUCAGAGAGGAAGAUAUCUCACAUCACCUUCAAACUCCAACUUGAUGAUGAGAAGUCGCAGCCCCAUGCCCGCCUCGUUCACAAACUACUCUCUCAGUACAUUGAGAGUGAAACCUCAUGGGUGGAGAAGUAUCCAACAAGUAAACAUGUGCCAAAGCUGCUCCAUGACGUUGGCCUGGUGGUGAGUCGCUGUCGUCUGCUGGGAGAGGAGCUGCGUCUGCUGAAAAUGUGGGGAGGUUUAAGGCUCGACAUCCUGAACAUCAGCUGUGUCGACACUCAAGUGCACAUUGUCUUCAGUAGUCUCAAGAAAUUUUCCAAGUUUGAGGUGGUCCUCUCUGUCAGUUUGAUCAACCACCUCUGCGUCCUUCAAGUAGAGAGCUUUAAGAACAUGAUCGGAAGCUCUGAGAUCAAACAGAUUGAAGAGAUCGUGGCAUCGUUCAGUCCAACAAAGAACCUCUUGACGAAGAUUGUCAAAAAGAUUCAUGAUAAUCUACUCUGUUGAAACCAGGAAUAUGUUUGAAAUAUGUUUUUUCUCAUAAUGCAACUGUACCCGUUAACAAUUCUCAUUUUGCAAAAACAGUCAUGGCAUUUUGUUAAAAAAUACUUUGUUGUUAGAACAUGGCAACAUAACACAUGAAAAGGGACAAGAUAAAUAGUCAUAUUGCUGGAAUACAGCAAAUCACAUCAGUUUCAACUAUAGUUAUGGCAUUACAUUGUUGCCUUACGUAUAUUAUAUAAUUGAUCAAUUUGGCUUGAUUUAUAUUUGCUCAGUGAUUAUGAUUACCAUUUAAAAUAUUAAACAGUCGUCUUUCAUUAGUUGGAGUGCAGAUAGUGCAGCUUGUCCUGUGCAGUUUCCAGAGUCACCUCCGGAUGGUGAACAUAGACUUACAGUACCUGGUUUUGUCUGCAGGUGCAUGCAUGCAUGCAUAUGUAUAUAUCAGAUAAACGCUGUAUUGUAUCUUUGGCAGAGCUGAACAUAUGUAAAUAUAUUUCCCUUUAUCUUCUUCGUUGUGAAUCAGUUUCUACAGUCUCUUUCAAAAUUUGAAGAAAAGCUUUGUGCUUCUUUGUCUUUAGAAAACAAUAAAUGUAAAAUAAAUUUUUUGUACUCGGGAUUCCAUUAAAAAAAUAUGUUUACUAUUUUUUCUGUUCCUUGUUGUCUCCUGUUUUUUAGGAGGAGGGGUGUUUAUUUUGUUUUUGUAUUACUUUUGGUGAUUAAUUAAUACGAUUAAUAAACAUGUGUAACUAUAUUAAUAAUGUAUCAUUUAUAAUAAAGAUCAAUCUGCUGACUGAAAUCUAAACACAGAUGUGGUAUCAGUGUUGAUCAGUGGAUGAAAUCCAUCAAUAAGCUUUAAGAUGUGACUGAUGCGACUUCCAAUGACCUAUCGACUUUAUAGGCAUUCACAAUGUUUGGAAAUCGUUCCCAGUGCAUAGAAAUGAUUGUAGCAUCUGAAAAUGUAGGUUUACAUUCUCAGCACUGAUUUCUGUGAGCUGACAUCCUGUUUUCAUUUUUUCAUUUCUGCAUGUUAUGACUUUUCAAUAUAUCUUUCACUAUGACGACCACGUUAUUGAUUCAUGCUGUAUUUUUUGCACUCCAGUGUAUUCUCAGUAAAGGGAGGUUCUCUUCAUUACCACAAAUCCUACAUCUGACACAGUCAGGGGCCAAGCAGUGAGGGUUCCUGUUUCUCUUGUGCUGCAACAAAUGCACAGAUGGUGUGUGGUUUAUGUGUAUAAUUAAU